CUGUGAAUAUGUUUUGUACUGAUCUCUCUGAUGAGUCCUAGAAGGCAAAUACCGGUGCAUCUGAUAUAGAUGAAAGCAAAGAGAAGCAAUCAAAUUUCAACCAUGUCUACAUCCUUAAGAGUGAGCCCAUCUGUCCAUGGCUAUCGGUUUGACACAGCCUUGCGAAAGAAAGCUGUGGCCAAUAUCUAUGAAAGCACAGAUCAAGAAUCUCUUCAAAAGCUCUUCAAAAACUCUGGAGACAAGAAAGCAGAGGAAAGAGCCAGGAUCAUACUUGACGCUGAUCAGGACUUGGAGGAGAAAACACGAGCAUUAAUGGCACUAAAGCAGAGAACAAAAGACAAACUUUUCCAGUUUCUGAAACUUCGGAAAUAUUCCAUUAAAGUUCAUUGAACUAUCUAAGGAAAAGGAGAUGGAAGAAAAGCUAUAUUUAAAGAACAAGACUGAGUUUGUGAAAUCUUAACAAAUGUGAUAUUCUCCACAACCAUGGAAACUUCUGGCAGGACAAGUGAACCCUGAAAAGGGUCAUAAGCAUUCAAUCCAAUUUUACACACUGCAAAAAGGUUCCUGGAGUGAUUGAAAACUCUCCAAAUGCGAAAGAACCGGUGUCAGCAACAAGAGAACCAGAAAAGCUUACGUACGAGUGAAAGAAACCAACAUGUUUGGCAAGAAACAUACCCAACGCGCUUCCAGGCACAGAACUAUGGGACAAUGACACAAGCACCCAGUCAGACUCAAUUUUCUCAGUAAAUCUGAGGUGAAAGCACAAUAGAAUGUUUUCUUCUACUUGUUUACUGAUUUCAUCUUUUUUUUAAACUCGUUUUUAUUGAAUCUUUAAACGAUUUCUAAGCCUCACUGUUGUCUACUGGGAUGGAGGGUUGUAGUGAUUGAUCAGCUAUUGAUCAUUUAUUUUGCAUUUGUUAAAAUGCAUUAAAAAUACACCACAUGGGUGUAACAAGUUCAACCUUCAGGGAGUGCAUUUUCUUUAGAAAUCCUAUGCAAUUGUAUCUCUUUUCUCAUUGUUAUGUGGUAUACUCGUAUCAUGAAUUUUUUGCACAAAAGCAAAAAUAAUGAAGUUCCUCUCCUGAACUGAAUUUACUGUGAAAGUCUUUUUAAAGAUAUUUUGUUCAUUUCUUAUUGAUAUUAAUAUACCAUAAUUUCAGAGCUUACUUGUAGAUAGUGUGUUAGAUAUUAGAAAUACUCCAUGGUAGUGUUUUAUGACAAUGCUAUAAUUAUGUUGACUAUAAUUUAUUGCAUAUGGUGAGCUACAAACCUAAUAAAUUAUAAUGAUACUAUAUAACCA